AUGAGGCUGUCUCAGACAAUAUUUGUUCUGAGUGGCAAAUAUGCGGAACAGUUUGUGAGAUUCGGCGGAUACUCUCCAACCCCAUUAUCUCUGAAAAAACUGAUCGCUUUUGAUGAAUUGCCCGUGCGUCUUGCAAAUAUUAUGCAGGAAAUUCACCUUCUUCCAGAACGGCUUGUGAGGACUCCUUCUGCGUCUCUUGUGAGACAAUGGUAUGAGCAGAGCUUUUGCGAUUUGGUGGAUUUCGAGAAAAUAACAUGGAAUGAAAACAGUCUUAAUCGGUUCAACGAGACUCUUGCGAAAAUUCGAAGCCGUCAUACAACUGUGGUCGAAACCAUGGCACAGGGUGUCAUGGAAAUGCAGGAAAAGUACAAAACUGAUGUCAUAACUAAUAACCAGGUGCAGUACUUCUUAGACAGGUUCUACAUGAUGAGGAUCAGUAUUCGUAUGCUGUUAAGCCAACAUUUACUCAUGUUUGGUUCCGAGUUGAAUAAACACAGGAGAUACGUCGGUUCCAUUGAUCCUGAUUGCAACGUUCGAGAAAUAUUAGAUGAUGCAUACGAAGAUGCCAAAUUUUUAUGUGAGCACUAUUAUUCUGCCUCUCCUGAAAUGAAAGUUCAAGUUCACAGUAGCGAAGAUGGAAAGAUAGAAUUUGUCUAUGUACCCUCCCAUUUAUAUCAUAUUUUGUUUGAACUACUAAAAAAUGCCAUGCGUGCAGUAGUCGAACAUCAUAUUAAAGAUGAUUCCCUUCCGCCUGUUGAAGUAUUGGUAUCAACUGGACGAGAAAAUGUGACAAUUAAAAUUUCGGAUAUGGGUGGUGGUAUACCGAGAUCUGAAAUUGACUUGGUUUUCAACUACACCUACACAACUGCUCGACAAAGUAAACGUGGUGUACCGAGUCCGUCAACAGAAUUCUGGUCAUCAGGCCAAGAAACCAACGCUCCAAUGGCAGGUUACGGUUAUGGUCUUCCACUUAGUCGUCUAUACGCAAAAUAUUUCAAUGGUGAUCUUAUAUUGGCCAGUGUAGAAGGUUAUGGAACUGAUGCAAUUGUAUAUCUUAAAAGUAAUGCUGCUGAAGCAGAUGAAUUGCUGCCUGUAUUCAAUCGAACAUCUGCAAAACAAUAUGGGAGUGUAGGUAUCCCAGUUGCUGAUUGGUCCAACCCUAAUAUAACAACCGGUUGGCGGAGAAAUUAAAAUGCACUCUACUUUAUAUAUUUCUCAACAUUCUACUAUCGAGUUACGUUUUUAUCCGCAUUUCUCUCCUACUGAAUUCUGUCAUUUGUUUACCCGUGCUGUUUUUUUCCUUAUUUUCAUACAACUUUAUUACGCUUUGUAGUUUUCCGACUUAAUACAGCUGAAGUUAUGAUUUCAUAAUAUCCAUAAGUUUCAAAGAUAACUGAAUUGUUUUUUUUUGCUUACAUUUUUAACACGUGUCAGAAUAUUUCUGUGUUCUAAAGAAAUAACACGAGUCGACCUCUUUUUAUAUCCAUCGCUAAGAUGUAGUUCAUGUUUACACUGCAAGUUAUAUCUUGUUCAUAAUUGUGUGUGUGUGUGCGUUUCAUGCAGAUAUUUUCUUCUUAUUACACUACAUUUGGUUCCCAGUUGUUGUUUUUUUUCUUCUCCACAAGUAAGAAACGAAAUUAUAGUUCAGAAAUAGGUAAGCUAAGAAUAUAUUCUUCGUUGCUAAACACUUAUGGAUCUUAGAAGCUAUUUACCUAACUCUUCAUAAUCUGCUAUUUUAAUGAAAAUGAUACUUUUCAUUUUCAUAUCAUUGUUGCCGUUGUUGUUAUUGUCAUUAGUGUGAAAUGUUUUCUCUUUUUGUUAUUUGUUAACUGUAUGUGAUCAAAGUUAGUUCUGUGAACUUUUGAUUCACAGAUAAAUAAUAGUUUUUAUUCAACAAAUACACAAUUGAACUUCUUCGGUCAUAGCUAUUUUCGACAUUCAUCGUAUACUUUUUGAUAUACAUACAUAUGUAAUAAUUUUAUUUGUACAUCUGAGCAAUUGAAAAAGUUAAGUGAAA